UUUAAAGGUCUUGGAAAAAACACAGCAGCCCCCUGCCUUAAAAAAAAAAAAAACAUGAAGUUUGAGAUAGCACUGAGUUUACUACUUGUGGUUCUUGUCGGAAUCACCAUCAUUCAAGGUUGUAAUGGCAAGGCCGUACAAUUCAUUUUCGGAGAUUCCUUGUCCGAUAACGGUAACAACAAUCGCCUUUCGAUGACAUUGGCUAAGGCAAACUUGCCUUAUUACGGCAUUGAUUUUGGCAAUGGUCUGCCUAAUGGAAGGUUCACUAAUGGCCGAACCGUUGCUGAUAUAAUAGGUGACAGCACAGGUCUCCCAAGGCCACCAGCUUUCUUGGAUCCAUCUAUAAAUGAGGAUGUUAUAUUGGAAAAUGGGGUAAAUUAUGCCUCUGGGGGUGGUGGGAUUUUGAAUGAAACAGGAACUUACUUUAUUCAAAGGUUGUCACUUUGGAAACAAAUUGAAUUAUUUCAUGGGACAACUGAAUCGAUAACAAAGAAACUUGGGAAACAAGCAAGCGAUGAAUUCUUUCAAGAAGCUCGUUAUGUGGUUGCUUUAGGGAGCAAUGAUUUCAUUAACAAUUACUUAAUGCCAGUUUACAGAGAUUCUUGGACAUACAAUGAUGAAACUUUUGUCGAAUACUUGAUGGAAACACUUGAAAAACAACUCCUGGUGUUGCACAAGUUAGGAGCAAGGAAGUUAAUGGUGUUUGGUUUAGGACCAAUGGGUUGCAUACCACUACAAAGGGUCUUAAGUACAACAGGAAAGUGCCGAGACAGAGCAAAUAAGUUAGCUCUUAGUUUCAAUAAAGCUGCAAACAACUUAUUAAUCAGUUUGGAACCUAAACUUACCAAUGCUAGCUUCAAGUUUGGUGAUGCUUAUGAUGUUGUAGAUGAUGUGAUUCGUAAUCCCUACAAAUAUGGAUUUACUAAUGCUGAUUCGCCAUGCUGUUCGUUGGGGAGGAUUCGACCAGCGCUUACAUGUACACCGGCAUCAACAUUAUGUGGAGAUAGAACUAAAUAUGUGUUUUGGGACGAGUAUCAUCCAUCGGACAGUGCCAAUGAACUUAUUGCUAAAGAGCUUAUAAAAAAAUUCGGAUUUACAGGAGUCGGUUCUCCUUCUCCAGCUCCAGAAUCCGACAUUGCUCCUUCCCCAUCUAAUUAAUUUAUAUAUAUACAUAUAAUGUUUGUCAAAAAAUCAACUUGCUUGUUUGGUUUAACAUCUUCAAUGAGUUUCUCCAUUGUAAUAAAUAUUUGGUUUAAAGCAUGAUUUUACUUUUAUAAUCUAUAUCACUUUUUUA